AUGGACGUCGAAGAGUUCCGUAUACGUGGCAAAGAGAUGGUGGAUUAUAUUUGUACUUACAUGACAACACUGCGUACGCGACGCGUUACACCGUCUGUAGAACCGGGAUAUCUCCGCGCGGCUCUGCCAUCAGAUGCUCCGUAUCACCCGGAUGACUGGGAUGAUGUCAUGAAUGACGUAGAGAACAAAAUCAUGCCAGGUGUCACCCAUUGGCAGCAUCCGCGCUUCCACGCGUACUUCCCUGCCGGCAACGGAUACCCGUCUAUCUUAGGUGAUAUGCUUUCAGCCGGCAUCGGUUGCAUCGGGUUCUCAUGGGCAAGCACAGGCUUGGAUUAUAAGUCUAUGAGCACUGUGUUACAGAAAUUCGAAAUAACGAAGGGUUCAGCGAGUGAGUGCGUGUUAGUCUCAAUGCUGGCGGCUAGAGCUAACGGUAUCAAGCGAUUAAAGCACCAAUUCCCAACCGUAGACGAGGGUCUACUACUGUCGAAGCUCAUCGCGUACUGCUCAAAAGAAGCCCAUUCGUGCGUCGAGAAGGCAGCGAUGAUCUGCUUCGUGAAACUUCGUAUUCUACAACCAGAUGAGAACGGCUCUCUUCGAGGCGAGACAUUAAAAGAAGCAAUGGAAGAGGACGAGGAAGCCGGUCACGUGCCAUUCUUCGUUUCGAUUACAUUAGGAACAACGUCAUGCUGUUCUUUCGAUAACCUCCCUGAAAUCGGACCAGUAGUGCGCAAGUUCCCUUGCGUGUGGCUUCACGUAGACGCUGCAUACGCUGGAAGCGCGUUCCUAUGUCCAGAACACAAACACCAUCUCGCUGGGGUGGAAUACGCGGACUCUUUUAACACCAAUCCCAACAAACUUAUGCUUACGAGCUUUGACUGUUCACUCUUGUGGGUGACUAAUCGAUAUUUGUUAACAUCAGCCUUAGUUGUGGACCCCCUCUACCUUCAACAUUGUUAUGACCACACUGCCAUAGAUUAUAGACAUUGGGGUGUUCCUUUGAGUCGCCGUUUCCGAUCGUUGAAACUCUGGUUCAUGCUGAGGAGUUACGGCAUCAGCGGUUUACAGAAAUAUGUUCGGCGGCAUUGCGAGUUAGCGAAAUAUUUUGAAAAUCUCGUUAAAAAAGACGACCGCUUUGAAGUAUGCAAUCAAGUUAAGCUUGGUCUAGUAUGUUUCCGGCUCGUUGGUGGACCGGAUGAGACACCUGAACAAGUAGACGAAAUGAAUAAGAAGCUACUGACAAACAUCAAUGCGUCGGGCAAGAUUCACAUGGUGCCAGCAAAUGUGCGCGAGCGGUUCGUUAUUCGUUUCUGCGUGGUGCACCAACACGCUACGCGCGAGGAUAUCGAGAUUGCGUGGGAUAUUAUAACUGACUUCGCUACUGAGCUUUUAGAAGGACCAGACAAGGAACGCGACUUGAACGAGGAACGAGCACGGCGCAACCGCGCCGCUCUAGCGCACAAGCGGUCAUUUUUCGUGCGCAUGGUCAGCGAUCCCAAGAUCUACAAUCCAGCCAUCAACAAAACUCCUCCUCCGGCGCCGACGACGCCAUGCUCUCCGCCCCCCACUGCCGCACCCACAACACCCGACACGCCUUCCGAUUCUGGUGCUCAACCGCAAACGCCGUGAGUGUUCAAAGUCGGUAAUUUACGGUUACAGAAAUCUUUAUUCUCAAAAGAAUUACAAAAAUUAGCUUAAUGAUAAAUACAAAACCCAAAGACAAUUAUAACAUCAAAAACGUAACGUACAAUUGGAAUUUUAAUUUAAUACAUAGAUAUGUACUAGGGGUAGUUCUUUUUUUAAUUUCUAAAAUUAACAUUAUAA